AUGGUUAUUGCAAUCGCAAAUAAAGAAGAAUUCGAAAAUCAAUUGGCCACAGCUGGCAGCAAACUUGUGGUGCUCGAUUUUUUCGCCGACUGGUGUUGGCCAUGCCGUGAGAUUGCCCCAAAGUAUGAAAAAAUUGCUGGAGAAAAUUCAGAGCAGGCUGUCUUCUUAAAAGUUGAUGUGACUGUUGAUCAAACUCUGGCAUACAAAUAUAAAGUCACCGGACUUCCUACUUUUAUUUUUUUUAAGCACGGAGAGAAUAUAAAAUCAUUCUCCGGGGCCGACGAGGAUCAGCUGCGAUCAAACAUCGAAACAUUGAAAUAA